AUGACAACCUCUGCCCUGCGUCGUCAGGUGAAGAAUAUUGUGCACAACUAUUCGGAGGCUGAGAUCAAGGUCCGGGAGGCCACGUCCAACGAUCCAUGGGGCCCGUCCUCGUCUCUGAUGUCAGAAAUCGCUGACUUGACCUUCAAUGUGGUUGCAUUCGCUGAGGUCAUGGGCAUGGUGUGGAAGCGGCUCAAUGACAGCGGGAAGAACUGGAGACACGUGUACAAGGCCCUGACAUUGCUGGAUUAUUUGUUGAAGACAGGAUCUGAAAGAGUAGCUCAGCAAUGUCGGGAGAAUGCAUUCACUAUACAGACCCUUCGGGACUUUCAAUACAUCGAUCGUGAUGGUCGGGAUCAAGGGGCUAACGUGAGGGAAAAGGCUCGGCAGCUGGUAUGUCUGCUGAAGGAUGAGGAGAGGCUGCGGCAGGAGCGGAGCCAGGCCCUGAAGACCAAGGAGAGGAUGGCAGGCGGGGGCAGUGGUGGAGGGGGCUCUGCGGGCGCGUACGGGGGCAUCCCUCCAUCAUAUCACCCAGGCAGGCGCACCAGUCAGCCCAGCAUGGCCGUACUGUAUGGGGAAGAGUUCAGCCGCUCCAGAGGCUCCCCUUCCUCUUUCAACUCGUCGUCAUCUUCUCCUCAAGCCGCCUCAGACCUGGAGCAGGCCAGACCUCAGACCAGCGGAGAGGAGGAGCUGCAGCUGCAACUGGCCCUCGCCAUGAGCCGAGAGGAGAGCCACAAGGAACAACGCUGUCGCCAAGGAGACGAGUCUCUUUUGCAGAAGGCCUUGGACGAGAGCCGCAGAGAGAGCCAGGCAGGGGCUCCGGAGUCGGCCAUGUUGGACCUGGUUGACAUUUUCGGGCCGUCAUCAGAGGGUCCUCCUCCCUCCUCCGACCCAUGGAGCGCAAAACCAGUUGAGGCCAACAGUGACCCCUGGAACUCUGUUGGAGCUCACACUCGUAGUCCGGUGAGUGGCAGCCCUUGGACUGAACCAACUCCUUCACGUUCCAAAUCAAACCCUUGGGCUUCAUGCUCCAGCCCCACAGACCCCUGGGAAGCCGAGAACGUCCCAUCUACAGCGGCCCAUGAGGAGUGGCCCAGCCCGUCUGAGCGAGAAAACGGUGAGGCAGGCCCGUUCUCAGUACAGACUGAAAAAGAGAGCAGACAAGAAUAUCCUCAAGUCAACUCUCCUCUGCCGUCCAGUCCCACAGAAGCGGAGUUCUUCAGUGCCAAGCCCCUCAACGACCCCUUUGCUGUGGAAGGAUCUGAUUCGUUUGGGACAGAGCCUUUGGCCAAACCGCAGUUAAACGGGAGAGACACAGCCAGCCCAGAGAUGUUUAACUUGUGUCGACUGGUGCCUCCUGUCGGUGCCUCUGCGACACGCUUGUGUAGGACGCCGGAGACGUUCCUAGGACCUACGGGAGCUUCUCUAGUUAAUCUGGACACUCUCAUCCCCUCAAACCCACCCACCAAGAUGCACAACAACCCCUUCCUCUCAGGUCUGAGCAGUCCAUCUCCCACAAACCCUUUCCACUGUGACCAGCCUCGCCUCACGUUGAACCAGAUGCGCCCGGCGUCCACGUCUCCGCUGCCUCCCCACAUGCUCUCCUACAGCCCCUCUCUGCCUCUGCCGCUACAUCACCCACUCCCCAUCCUGCCCUCGUCCUUCACCCAGCCUCCCUCCACCAUCCUGGAAAUGCCUGCAAACCUGCCCCAGCCUCUUCUGCCCCUCUCUCCGCGGCAGGUCCCACGCACACAGAGCCAGAGCAACAACCCCUUCCUCUGA